CUCUAUAUCUGGAUUUCAUACCGUAUAGUAAAAAAAUUUACAUCCAUUGAAAUGAUUAAUUAUCAAUUAUUUAAAUGAAUUGUGAAUUUUAUAAAGAAUUUAUUUGCUCUAUAUUUUUGUGUCCCAGUGUUUUGUUUUAUGAAUUUUAAUACAUAAAGUUUAAAGAAAAAAUAAGAAACAUGAAAGAAAAAUACGAAAUCGAAUCAAGAAGUGAAAUACAGAAUUUUUAUGCCGAAGAAAGUGUACUAAUUACAGGUGGUACUGGUUUUCUAGGAAAGCUCUUGAUUGAAAAGCUUCUCAGAAGCUGCCCUGAGCUUACUUGUAUCUACGUUAUUGUAAGACCAAAAAAGGGCCAAGAAGCUCUGAAUCGAUUUGAGCAGAUUUUCGAGGACCCGAUAUUUGAUCGACUAAAAACAGAAGUACCAAAAUUUCAACAUAAAAUACAAGCAGUAAAUGGUGAUUGUACACUUCCCGGUUUAGGAAUAUCAAACAAUGAUAGAGAAUUUUUAUUGAAUAAAGUUUCCAUUGUCUUUCAUGUGGCAGCAAAUGUCAGAUUUGAUGAAAAGUUAAAGCAGGCAGUUUCUAUCAAUGUUAAUGCUUCAAAAGAAAUCAUUGAACUUUGCAGAUGUAUGCUUCAUUUAAAGGCUUUUAUUCAUGUUUCCACAUUUUAUUGCAAUUGUGUGAGAAGAGAAAUUGAGGAAAAAUUUUACGAACCACCAAUGUCAGGUGAUAGUAUUAUAAAUUUAGUCGAGUCGAUUGAUGAAAAAAAAUUGGAUGACAUUACCAAUGUUUUAAUUGGUGAUUUUCCAAACACCUAUACUUAUACAAAAGCUAUUGCCGAACAAGUGGUAAAGCAGUAUGCCAAAGGUCUACCCGCAGGAAUAUUUAGACCUGCAAUAGUGAUAUCAACAUAUCAAGAACCAGUACCUGGAUGGGUGGACAAUGCUUUUGGACCUACCGGUGCAAUGAUUGCCGGUGGUGCUGGUAUUUUAAGAGUAAUACAUGCUGAUAAUUCAACAAAAACAGAAACAGUUCCAGCAGACUAUACUAUUAAUGCACUUAUUGCAUCUGCCUGGAAUGUUGCAAACGAAAAAAACAUAAAUGAUGAACCAUUUAUUUACAAUUAUUGUUCAUCAUGGUCAAAUACCAUAACAAUUGGUGAAUUUUGGCAAUUAGCAUUAAAAUAUGGAAAACAAUUACCAAGUGUCAAAAGUUUGUGGUGUUAUAGUUUGACUGUUGUGACAAAUUAUUAUUUAUAUUUUAUUCUAUGUUUCAUUUUGCAUAUAAUUCCUGCAGUUAUAAUUGAUGCUGUACUCUUUCUUACUGGCAAAGAAACCAAAGCAGUUAAGAUUUAUAAACGAAUUCACAAAAUUUUAUCUGCGACAUCGCAUUUUGUUUUACAUCAAUGGGAACCUAAUCUUACAAGAACAAAAUCACUUUGGCAGAAAAUAUCAGCGAAGGAUAAAAUGAUAUUUCCAUUUUCAAUGGAUAAUUUUAAUUGGGAGGAUUAUAUGCAAAUUUAUGUUCAAGGCUUAAGGCUUUAUAUGUUUAAAGAGACUUUGGAUACAAUACCAGCAGCUAAAAUUCGGAUGCACCGAUUGAAAAAAAAAGUGCCAAUCACCUGUACAAAAAUGUAUCCCGAAAUUGACAUCGCACAAGAAACACAGAAUACAUAUUCCAAUAUUAUUGGAGAGGAAACAAACAAUAAUAAAAUUACCAACACACAUGGAAAUGGAUUAUAUCAAGGGACACCUAUUCAAGAAUUUUAUGCUGGUCAAAAAAUUUUCAUUACUGGAGGAACAGGAUUUUUGGGAAAAAUUCUAAUUGAAAAACUUUUGAGAAGUUGCCCAAAUGUGUCUACGAUUUAUCUUUUGAUACGACCGAAAAAGGAGAAAAAUGUUGAAAGACGAAUUAAUGAAUUAUUCGAUGAUUUGAUCUUCGGAGUACUUAAAGAGAAAAUGCCAAAAUUUCGUCAUAAGGUCGUUGCAAUUGAAGGGGAUUGUACACUUGAAGGCCUAGGUCUUUCUUCAUCUGACCGAGAACUUCUAAUACGCGAAGUGUCAAUAAUUUUCCAUGUGGCUGCAACUGUUCGUUUCGAUGAAAAAUUAAAAAAUGCAGUUGCAAUCAAUAUACGAAGUACUGCUGAUAUUUUGGAAUUGGGCAAGGACAUGCAAAAGUUAAAGUCAAUGAUCCACGUAUCGACAGCUUAUGCAAAUUGUAACCAGAAAAAGAUCGAGGAAAAAUUAUAUACAUAUCCCAUCGAGUCUGAAGAUCUUUUGAAGCUGGUUGAAUGCCUUCCUGAAGAGGUCAUUGAUGGAAUCACCCCAAAAAUAAUUUCAUCGUGGCCAAAUACUUAUGCCUUUACAAAAGCCCUCGCAGAAGAUUAUGUGAGAAGAAAGAAUAAAGGACUACCAUUAGGAAUAUUCAGACCGGCAAUUGUUGUUUCUACAUCUAAGGAACCUAUUCCUGGUUGGAUAGACAAUCUUUAUGGUCCAACUGGAGUUACUGCAGGAGCCUCAACCGGAAUUUUGAAGUCCCUGCAUUGUAAUCCAAAAGUAAAUGCCAAUAUUGUUCCUGUGGAUUUGACUGUUAAUGCUUUAAUAGCAAGUGCUUGGGAUGUCGCUAUGCAACCAACGAGGAGAGAAGAAGAUAUGUUAAUAUAUAAUUUUGUAUCUUCGGAAGAUGCACCUUUAACAUGGAACGAGUAUUGUAAAAUAAAUACAAGAUAUUCUGAUAUUUAUCCACCCAGCAAUUCAUUUUGGUAUUUGUCAUUUAAAAUGAAUAAGCAAAAAACAAUUCAUACAGCAUCUACAGUAUUUUUGCAUUUAUUACCAGCUUUCAUUGUCGACACAGCUUGCAUUUGUCUUGGUCAAAAACCAAGACUAAUGAAAAUGUAUCAGAAAAUUCACAAAUUCACAGACGUAAUUUCACAUUUUUGUACCAAUGAAUGGACAUUUAGCAAUGAAAAUGUACGAUUUUUGUACGAUAGAAUGGACACAAAGGAUCAAGAAAUUUUUAGUUUCAGUAUGAAAAAUUUCAAUUGGGAAAAAUAUUUCGAAACUUAUUUAAAAGGAAUACGAGUCUAUUUGUUUAAAGAUAAUCUCGACAAUUUGGAAAAAAGCAAAUUAAGGUGGCAAAGGCUCUAUUGGUUACAUCAGUGUGUCAAAGUGAUGACAUUCACUGUUGGAGUUUGGCUUUUAUGGCGAAUAUUCACAACUGCUUUAAGUUUAACGUAAAAUUUUACAAUGUUAUUCUUUUUUUUUCAUCGAACAAAAAUUCUAGUUAUAAAUAAAAUAUCCGUUACACUGUAAAUAUUACUAAAAUUUAUACUUUGUAAUUUUGUCUUUUGUCCACAUAAUAUAAUACGUAAAAUUAAUUGCAAUGAAAAGAAAUUGUAAUUUAAUUAUAUAAGAAUUAAAGAGAUUUCGCAGAGAAUUAACACAAAAAAUUUGUACAAUUUCUCUUCUAUUGGAUUAAAAAAAAAUUACAGUAAAAUAUUUUAGUAAUAUGCGUACAACUGUGUAAAAAAAAAAAUUUUUCUGGAAUCGUUUCCAAAGAAUUAAAAAGUUUA